AACCUCGUGGCUUUCCUCCCGGUCAUCCGAUUUAGUCUAGGGUUGGGCGUAAAAUGGCGUCCGCAAAAAAUACAUCGACAAGCGUUGGGGCGUCUGCCCCCGAGGAGGGACGAAGUCUUCCGCGAUCUCCUCAUCAAUAUUUUCAUUCGAAGGAUGCACAAUGGUUUUUGGACUUCAUUGUUGACGGGAACCUUGUUGGGCCAACUGUUUUCAUGCGGCCCGCUGCAUUUCCGGACGCUAAGGGAGCAGCCGACGUUCAUCCUGUUGGUACCAUCCUUUCGUCCCAGAAACAGUCUGGAGGCUUGCUCAAGUUGCAGACUAACAUUUUCUACGACAUGUGCAGGCUACCUUACAAAGAGGUCAAGGGUGUGAUGGUUUCGAUCAAGAAUUUCGCGGGGUACGACUUGAACAUGCUUCGCUGCCGUCACGUCAAAGGGCUUUACGAUAUCAAAAGCAUGCCUCUUCCACCUCCACUGGAAUAUCUCGAUCUUGCGCUGAAGGUGCCAAAAGAGUGUUCGAUUCUUCCGCGAGAUUAUGUUUUCAGGCUUCUACCAGCCCCUGAGGGGUCGUCCGACUUAGCUCAAGAAACCCCUCUGACGAAAGUGGGGCACGAGAGUAUCAUUCACGACACUGAGGGUCAGGGUGUGGGGCACGCGGGCAGGAGUCAACUGCAGAUCGACCCGAGUCCUUCUAGGUGCGCGUCUGGCGAUCCUGUGUCAUCCUUGACUUCUCCAGAUGCAGGGACUCAUCGGGUUGCCACACCGAAAAUCCUCAAGUUACACUGCCAGGGUGACACGUAUUCGCUUCGGGAUGAGGCGAGAAGAGAAUCCGGCAGUUCAGGACAAGAGGUUGGAGGGAAUGAGGUUGAAGGGAUGGGCACUGUGCGAGGCAGCUCUAACGGGGAGCCCACUUCUUCUGAAAAGAAGCGCGAGCGACAGAAGACGUUACGAGACGAGGUAGCAGAACAAACCAGAUACAUGAAGAGGAUGAAAGGAUCCUCAAAGCCGAUAAUUGGCGAGGAUGAAGGGCAAGCUAGAGGUGGAGGAGAUUCGGCUCGUCAAGGCAUUGCCGCCGCGGGAGAACCUUCCCAGCAAUCUAAAAGAAAACUGGCAGCUGAAGAAGGCAAUCGCCAGAAGAAAACUCGGAGGAGGAAGACUAGUGAUGGGACGAGUGGUGGCGAAAGGACGGUUGGUAGGCAAUACGACGAAGCGGCGGCAUUUUGGCUCGAAUACGAGGGAAACGAUGACGGUGAGAUUGUGGAGAAGGAGCACCCAAUUCAAUUGGUCAUCGACCCCAGGAAGGUCUGUGAUAUCCCGCCGUGGGAAAGAUAUUAUAAUCACCACAGUCUCACUCGGGAUGGUGUGAAGGACAUCAAGAAUGCAAUGCUAAGGCAGUUCCAUGAGGAGAAGGCAAAGAUAUGGAAGAAAAACGCUUUGGUUCUGGCUCCCAUAUACAAGCCGGUGACGCAGAAGCCGGAGAGAGCUCGGGGGGUUCACAAGGAUGUCUUCAAGCCAGAGGACAAGGACAAAUACUUCUAUUACCCCGUGAAUGGACAACACACUGUGGCUGUUGUGAAGGAAUUGGAUGGUGAACCAAUAUUCAAAGUGUGGAAAAUGCACUCGUGGCCAGCGAGAGUCGUGUGGCUCUUCGAUGAAGACUUUGGGGGGUAUUUGCAGGUCAGUCUAGCGGAGAACACAAGACACACGAUGUCUUUGCAGCGUUCGCAGAAGACCACUUUCGAGGACAUGCGGGAGGCAUGGGAGAAGCAGGGAAGUCCCAAUGACGCUCAUUGGAGGAUGGCACGUAAAGCGACAACGCUCGCCGACAAGGACAAAGUUGAGGCAAUUUGCAAUGCAUUGAGGCAAUGGAUGCCGCUUGUGAUAGCCAGUGAUGAGGUUUUCCGAAAAGGGAUGGAGUUUUACGAUAAGUGGGCCGAGGAAAAAUUGUUGGGCGGAGACGGGAAGAUGCCGUUGUCGAAGUCUGGCAAAUACAUGCCAGACAAAUCUUCGGGGCUUCAAGCGAUUCCGGAAAUGGGCGUGAAAGAGGCAGCUGGUGAGACAAAGAUGGGGUGGCUAGUCCGGGUCCCUCGGCCUCAAACCAAAAAGAAAACGCAAUUGGACGACAAGUUUUUCGUCGUCGUGAAGGAGCCGGACAUAUUCUGUUGGCAAUCUCUCGCGGACAUGACCGAUGACGAAAAAUUGUCGAUCCUCGAGAACAUUCUCUCGCUUAAUGGAGUGUUCGUGCAAUCGGCGAACGAGUAUCUCAAACGACAACAUAAGUCAGGAAUUAAAGAGAUGGUCGCGACGAGGAAAGUGGAUCGAAUGAUGCUCCGGAUGUUCCACUACGUUUUGUUCCUUGAAUUUGAGGAGGACGCAGAGAUUUGGCGCUAUGGAAGCCAGUUUUUUCGGACCGAAGAGCAACUUAUGGCGGAGUUCGCGCCACAGAGCCUCACAAAGCAGGUGUGGGUCGAACUGAGGAAGCAUUUCCACGGCGCGAUGGACUACAUGAACACUUGUGAACGUUGCCUUUCGUACGAGAAAAAGUCCCUCGACGAAACGAAGAGACUAUACGAUGAUGACAUGUUUCCUACAUCCUUCGAGAAGUCCGUCCGCUCCAUCUUGCGACGAACAGAGGAAAAAGUGCGAGACACGAUCAGGGUCAGAGGGGAUGUGAGGCACAUCAAAUGGCAGAAGCUCAACCGCUUUACCAACUUUAUUCAUUUCGGUUGUCCGCCUUCCCAAACUCACAUUCGUCUCACUGAGAUCCGCAAUAUUGUGUGACAUUACAUAUGCAACUUGUACGU